AUGGAGCACUACGUGCACGGGGAUGUGUUGGUGGGGUUCACCAUCUUCGCUAUGGUGGCGGGCUUCACAAUUCUCUUCGUCCUCUUCUUCGUUCUCUGGUGCUGCUGCUGUCCUCCAAUCUGGGUUGUGCGACUGCGAGCAAAGCGACGAGCGGGCGGCAACCAAGAGGAGCUGCACUACAUGGCUGUGGGCACCGAUGCCGAGGGCGAUAUCGAGGAAGGCAAGACGAAGAAGACCAAAGCCACCACCACCACCACCACCAAGAAGAAGAACAAGACCAGUACGAAGGUGGGCGCCAUCAAGCAAGGCCCUUCAUCUUCUUCGUCAUCGUCGUCGUCGACACCCUCGACAGCAGCAGCAGAGCCAUCGUCAGCGCCGCCGCUUCCGCCGCGCGAACCGGAAGAGCCGGCGGCGGCUCCGGCGGCGGCCAACCAGACGAAGAAGCCGCCGGCGCCCAAGAAGAAGGCUGCGGCGGCGGCCGGACCCAAGAAGCCGGUGGUCAAGCGAGCCGGAGGUGCGGCUGCGGCGCCCAAGAAGAAGAGGGCCGGCUCCACCACUGCCGCCACCACAACUGCGACGUCGUCGACACCAUCGUCAGCGCCACCGCCGCCGCCACCGCCGCCACCGGCCGGUGACAAGAAGAAGACCGUCGCCACGGCCGGCGGUGCCAAGGCCACGACCGGUACAACGAAGAAGAAGAAGGCCGCCACCACCAAGUCGUCAACAUCAACAACGUCAUCAUCAUCGUUGCAGGAGACGGCAGGACCACUCUAA